AUCGUCACCAGUUCCCCACCUUCCAAUGUCCUCAGCGGCGGCAACCCAGGCCGACAAGAAACGCAAGCACUCGGGCCGGACCAUCAAAGAGCUGUUCACCUCGCAGCACAAGCCAAACGUCUCCGGCUCAGCUCCCCUCUCGCCUUCGUCGAAGCGCCCCAAGCUCGGCAGCUCCCCAGUUGCAGUUAGCACGACCCCAGAGAAGGCUAUGAGCACCGCCAACAUGUACCACUUCCCGAGCAAGCGGGGCGAGCCCGAGGUCAUCGACCUAGGCUCGAGCCCAGACAACAGCCCCGCGCGAAUGACGGGCAUUCGGAAGGCGACGCCCAACUUGAGCGCAAAUAAUGGACCGAAGAAACUGCUGGUUAAGAACUUCAGGCCGACGCGAAGUGUCGACCCCAAGGCGUUCCUCGACCAAACAUGGCAAAAGGUGGAUGCCGCGUUGGACACGAUCUUCCAGCAGGGCAAGAUCAACUUCAGCCUCGAGGAGCUCUACCGAGGCGUCGAAAAUAUCUGUCGCCAGGGAAUGGCCGUGGAAGCGAAGAAAAGACUGGUGCUAAAGUGCAAAACGCAUGUGAAUGGACCCUUGAAGCAGCGAGUCGAAGAGAAGUUGGAGAGGCAGAACAUCGAUGUAUUGAGGGCGACGCAGCAGGCUUGGGCAGAUUGGAACGAACAACUGAAAUACGUGGACUGGAUCUUCUGCUACCUCGACCGGUCAUUUCUGCUGCCCAAGCAAGAAUCACUCCGCGACAUCACCGUCAAGCUGUUUCGCACCAAUAUUUUCGAGCAUCCGAAGCUCAAUUCCCGCAUUGUAGACGGCGCAUGCGAUCUCAUCGCGAUCGAUCGAGCGGGCGAAGAUCUCGACCGGAAGACGUUUUCUCAGGCUGUCGACAUGUUCCAUGAUAUGCAGGUCUACACCCAUUACUUCGAACCGCGCAUGCUCGAAUUUAGCCAGACUUUUGUUAAGGAGUGGGCGGACAGGGAAAGUUUGGAGCUAAGCCUCCCUGCUUACGUCAAGAGUGCGCUGUCGCUCAUGAAGCGCGAAAUCGCACGAGUGGAGAUCUUCCGGUUAGACGGAUCAACCAAGCGCGACCUUUUGACUUUGUUGGAGGACCAUAUCAUCUCACGAAAAGAGGCGAGGCUCACCAACCAAGACGACUUCGCGGACCUACUCGAGGAUAACGCAGUGGAAGACCUUCAGCGCCUGUACACCCUUCUUGAGCGACGCAAGUUGGGCGUAAACUUGCGAUCGGCGUUCAUGAAAUGGAUAGAGGACACCGGUACUGCUAUUGUCUUCGAUGAAAAAGAUCAGGAUGGCAUGGUAGUGAAGCUUCUAACAAUGAAGCGCCAGCUAGACGCCAUCUGGAAAUCAUCAUUCCAUCGCAGCUCGGCCCUGGGACAAGGCCUGCGCGAAUCGUUUGAGGCUUUCAUGAACAAAACCAAGAAGUCCAGUGGAACGUGGAAUACAGAUAACUCUAAGCCUGGAGAGAUGAUCGCAAAAUAUGUGGAUAUGUUGCUGAGAGGCGGAGCCAAGGCCAUUCCUGCGCAGUUGAGCAGAAAGACUGAAAAGGCUGUGGAUGUGGAUGGUGAAGAAGACAACGAGGACGUGGUUUUUGACGAAGACACUGAAGUCAACAAUCAGCUUGACCAGGUCCUCGAUCUUUUCCGAUUCGUACACGGCAAAGCGGUCUUCGAAGCUUUCUACAAGAAGGACCUUGCCCGUCGGUUGUUGAUGGGCCGAAGUGCCAGUGCCGAUGCUGAGAGGAGCAUGCUAUCACGAUUAAAGACUGAAUGCGGUGCUGGCUUCACGGCCAACCUAGAGCAGAUGUUCAAGGACAUCGAGCUGUCUCGCGAAGAAAUGUCUUCCUACAAGAUGAUUUCGGAGGAGCGGAAUGAGAAGCACGCGAUCGAUCUCAACGUCAAUGUGCUCUCAGCCUCCUCAUGGCCAACUUACCCUACAGUGCCUGUCAUUAUCCCGCGGCAAAUUAAAUCGGAGAUUGACAAAUUUGAGACGCACUACAAAGCGAAACACUCUGGCCGAAAACUAGAUUGGAAGCAUGCGCUUGCUCAUUGUCAAGUCAAAGCUAAAUUUCCCAAGGGCAACAAGGAGUUGGUCGUCUCUAGUUUUCAGGCGAUCGUUCUCUUGCUGUUCAAUGGCUUGCCAGUUGAUGAACACUUGAACUACGAGUACCUCAAGGAAGCCACUGGAUUACCACCACCGGAACUCAAUCGGACGCUCCAAUCGCUCGCUUGUGCGAAAUUGAGGCCACUGACUAAACACCCGAAAGGCCGCGAGAUCAACGAAACCGAUACGUUUACUCUCAAUGCUAACUUUACUGAUCCGAAGUACCGGAUAAAGAUCAACACCGUUCAGCUCAAGGAGACCGCUGCAGAGAACAAAGAGACACACGAACGCGUUGCAGCGGACCGCAACUACGAGACGCAGGCCGCUAUCGUGCGCAUAUUGAAGGCGAGGAAGAGAAUCACCCACAGCGAGCUAGUGGCAGAAACCAUCAGGGUGACCAGGAAUAGAGGAACUCUGGAUGUGUCAGGCAUCAAGAAGAAUAUCGAUCGCCUGAUCGAGAAGGAAUUCUUGGAGAGGGAGGACGACGGGAUGUACGCUUAUAUCGCCUAAGCUCGUGCAGCAAGACAACUGCAAGGUCUCCAUACUGUAAUGGGUAUGGGAUCGAAGGUGUUGUUAGUAUACUAUACGUAGGCGAGGAACAAGCGACUACGUCACUACCGCUGGAAUACAUAUAUUCGUCUUCGAGCUGGUCCAGGAUCCAUCACAG